AUGGAGAUGCCAGCGAUUGAUGAUGGCGGUCUUGAUUUCGACUUCGACCUACCUGGCAUGCCAGCCAACCCCGCCGCAGACGUCUUAGAUUUCGACUUCUGCACCGCAACAGACUCUCUUGACGCGCUUACGGACAUGCUCAACACACCAGCUCAGGAAGACCAAAUGACUAUACAAAAGGUCUAUUCCCCAGUCAGCCAGCCCUUCUCAGCAAGACACCUGUCACCCUUCGCAAAGUCCAGAGUGGAGUACUCAAUCGAGCUCGUCAAACUCGCGCCAAAGAUGAUGGUAGAGCAAUGUUGCACACCAUGGGCUCACCCUUUUCUUUACGAAGACUACAUGCCACGAUCGUUACAAGACGCACACGCUGCAUGUGCGCUUUAUGUCAACAUGAACGAUGACAAUGCUGAGCACGUCGCACGAUUCAUCACAAGUCGCGCAGAAGAGCUGAUAGCCACUACUAUACCAACUACACCCAUCGAGAUCUUAGCUCGCACACAGGCUCUGAUGUUGUAUGAGAUCAUGCUCAUAUUUGGCAGUGACAUACGACUAUACGCUCGAGCGGACGCCCUGAUACCGCAUCUGGAAGAUGUGGGUGUCGUCCUUCUACCCAUCGCAGCAGAGGAUCCCGAGCUUCCAGCCACCCUUCCGCUUUAUCCCAGUACAGCCGCUCGCUCAGCCUGGCAGUCGUACAUCUUCCGCGAGUCAGCCAGACGCACGGCCUUGGUAGCUUUCCACAUAACCGUCAUAUACACCCUGCUGAGCGGGCAGAUGAGGUCUUGCGCUAAAGAGCUUUCUUUGAAGAACCGCGUCACGCUUUCUGCGCACUUGUGGAAGGCAACGAGCGCUUUUGACUUUGCCAUGGCGUGGAAUAGCAAGAGUCACUUUGUUAUCAAGGAGCUGGACUUCAUGGAUGUCUUGAGAAGUGCGCAGCCGGAUGACCUUGAUACUUUUGCUAACAUGAUGCUCAUUGGUCUUCAAGGCAUCGACGAUAUCCGGGGCUGGUAUCAUACACGAGGCGGGGCUCUCACAUAG